AUGGUUGGAUUGACGACCGAACUCAGCGAGCGAGUGUAUGGAUUCCAUCCGAGCCUACGGACGACGGUGACGCUGAGCUCGGACGAAGUCGAGGGGCUGAAGGAGUGUGCGGUUGGGCUGGUCUUCGCUGGGCUUCCGGGGACGGUGAUCGUGGAUCGAUACCAGCUCCGGGAGCUGUACGAGGAGGGCCGACUGAGCGAGCCGAGGGUUGUCCCGAAGAAGGAUGGCCUGUUGGACCUGCUCGUCUGGACGGACCCCGACCUCGAGGGGCCAGCCUCCCGGCCGGAUCCGCCCGGGCUCGGCGGCCUCAUGGUCCCGCUGCCCCUCCCCUUCACCGGCUCGCUCUCCAUCAUCGUCCCUCUCCAUCUGCGCUACCUCCCGCCCAUCCUGGAUCCCAAGACCGAUCGGCGGCCGGUAAGAGAAGUGCUCAUCCAACCUCCCUCGUUGGUCAAGUGGUGCAACCAAUCCACCCCCGUCGCUUCAGAAACAAGUCUUCCCGCAAUCACUUCGGACGAAAUACGACUCCUCAACGAGUUCUUCUCCAGCCCCUUCCAGCCCCUCCAAGGCCUCCCCACCGUGGACGCUGAUGAUCAUCCAUCAUCUCCCAUCCGUCUGUCGGUCCCCGUCGGCGUCCAGCACGACGAGUGGCCCGUUCUGAUCAUCUCCACCGCCGCCGUCUGGCUCGCCUUCGCCUGGAUCUGCUCCUGUCUUUACUACAAGAAACACCUUCCCAGUAAAAACUAA